AUGAGUUUGCGUAAUGAUUUUAUCUCUGGCACCGCUGGCGGGUUUGCGGGGGUGCUGAUCGAGCACCCCUUUGACACCGUGAAGGUACUCCUGCAGUCGUACGGCGGCACGCGGUACGUCGGCUACACGGACUGCAUCACGAAGCUCAUUCGUCAGGAUGGCGCCAUUGGUUUUUACCGCGGCGUGACGGCACGUCUCAUUGCCUCUAGCUUGGAGCACGCCUGGGUGUUCGCGGCAUACAAGUGGACGCUGCGCUUGAUCGGCGCGGGUGAUCGGCCCACUCUACCGCAGAUACUACUGGGCGGGUGUGGCAGCGGUGCGGUAGCGACGGCGUGCUUGACACCGUUCGAAUUGGUCAAGUGCCGCAUGCAGGCCGAUGGCAGGAGGGGGCAGCGACAGUACCGCGGCUCGCUGGACUGUGCCCAGCAGGUUUUUCGUCAGCACGGCGUCAAAGGAUUCUACAAGGGCGGCUUUGCCAUGCUCUGCCGCGAGGUGCCCGGUGUGGUGGUGUGGUGCGGCACGUACGAUACUCUGAAGAGCUGGAUGACGCCAGAGGGAAUGCCGAGUGAGAGCUUGCCAUUGUGGAAGCUCAUGAUAGCAGGUGGGUGCAGUGGCGUUGCCUUCUGGACCGCCUUGUACCCCUCCGACAUGGUCAAAACCCGCAUCCAAGUGGACCCCAUGUAUGGCAGGCUGAGCCUGUGGGGGGCGAUGACGCGAAUAUAUCAGAGCGAGGGCCUGCGCGCUCUCUAUCGAGGCUGGGCCCUCACGGCCGCGCGCUCCUUCCCCUCUAACGCAGUCAUCUUCGCCGUCUUUGAUGGCUGUAAUCGCGUGCUGUCGCCAGAGCCUUUACUGAUGGUCGGUGCGUCAUCCACGCUGAGUGAACCCAGUGCAGUAUCGUAA